GAGAGAGAGAGAGAGAGAGAGAGAGAGAGAGAGAGAGAGAGAGAGAGAGAGAGAGGGGUUUGUGGUGGGACUAGUCUGUGCCUUGAUCCAGGGCUACUGCAGAGGACAGACUGCUGCGCUGUGGAAUUGUCUACAGGUUUAACGGCAAUCUGGAAGAUCACACUGGAUAGCUACGGUAAAACAUCACCGGGUUCCGGACAUCUGGCCUUAUGAGGAGGAGUUUAACACACGUUUACACAGGAGCAGGCCGUGUAUUAUGUACAGUAGUUGAUUUCUGAGAUGGCUGUGUGGGCCCGGCAGGCCCGAACAUCCCUCCUGCAGUUCUGCCUUCAUCUUCUUCAGGCCCAACGGACCACCCUGAGUGUCUGAUCCAGUCCAGCCCUUCUAACACCCACCCUGGGUCUCCCUCUCAUCGGGCCACCUGGCAUCACCAUGGGAGGAUGCCUCUCCAAACCCAAAGCAGUAGAGGUCAAAGUUGAGCUGUCUCUUUUGGAGAAAGAGAAGGAAGUGGACCUGAUGUCUCCUAAUGGGAAAGCCAGUCCGUUUUCAGAAUGCAGACCCAACGGCUCUCUGGGACAUUGUUCGGACGAUGACACCGUGACUCUACGGUCUCAGCGCAAACACAGAGAUUUCAUAGAGGCGUCUGUCUGUCACGUCAGAGACCUUGAGAAUGGACAAAUGCGUGAGGUUGAUUUGGGGACAGGCCGAGCUCUGCUCAUAAAGGAACAUGGAGAAUUCCUUGCAAUGGGACAUAAGUGCCCACAUUAUGGUGCUCCGCUGGUCAAAGGUGUGCUGUCAAAAGGGCGCGUCAGAUGUCCAUGGCAUGGGGCGUGUUUUAACAUCACUACAGGUGAUAUCGAGGAUUUUCCUGGGCUGGACAGUCUGCCCACCUUCCAGGUUAGAGUUGAAAAGGAGAAGGUGAUUAUAAGAGCAAACAAACAGGCCCUACAAACCCAGCGACGGACAAAGGUCAUGUCAAAGUGUUCAGCUGUCAUCAAUUCCUGCAAUGGAUUCAGCCACGUUCUCAUUAUUGGAUCAGGUCCUGCUGGUCUGGUGUGCGCUGAGACCCUAAGACAGGAGGGCUUUACGGAUCGUAUUGUGAUGUGCACCAUGGACAAACAUCCACCGUACGACAGGCCUAAACUGAGUAAGUCUCUGGAGAGCACAGCCGAACAGCUGCAGAUGAGAGCCGCCGAGUUCUUUCAGAUGCACGACAUUGAGGUACUGCUAGAAAAAGAGGUCGUCUCUGUCGACGUGAAAUCGAAGACUGUGUUGUUUCGGGACGGUUUUAAAAUGGAAUUUCGAAAACUCUUGAUUGCCACAGGAAGCAGGCCAAAACCUUUGAGCUACAAAGGCAAAGAUGUGGGAAAUGUGUUUCACCUGAGAACACCAGAAGAUGCCAACAGCAUCGCUGCACUCGCCAGCAAUAAGAACGCAGUCAUUGUGGGAACUUCAUUUAUCGGUAUGGAGGUAGCGGCUGCUCUCACAGAUAAAGCUCAUUCAGUCUCUGUCAUCGGUAUAGAGGCCGUUCCGUUCCGAAAAGCACUCGGAGAGAAAGUUGGGAAAGUCUUGAUGAAGCUGUUUGAAUUAAACCGAGUGAAGUUCUACAUGUUGAAUGAGGUGUGGGAGAUGAGAGGCCAGAAUGGACAGUUAAAAGAAGUGGUACUGAAAAGUGGCAAAGUCUUACGAGCGGAUGUGUGUGUUAUUGGUAUAGGCUCAGGUCCAGCCACAGCAUUUCUGAAGCAGAGUGGAAUUCACAUGGAUUCUAAAGGCUUCAUCCCAGUCAAUAAGACCAUGCAAACCAACAUGGACGGGGUCUUCGCCGGAGGUGAUGUGGUAACAUUUCCUCUGGCUUUACGCAGCAAUAAGAAGGUGAACAUUCCUCACUGGCAGAUGGCACAUGUACACGGGAGAGUGGCCGCUCUCAGCAUGAUGGGAAAGGCGACGGAUAUUAAAGCGGUGCCUUAUUUCUGGACAGCGAUGUUUGGCAAGAGCAUUCGAUAUGCAGGUUACGGGGAUGGCUUCGAUGAUGUCGUCAUCCAGGGAGAUCUGGACGAGCUAAAAUUUGUGGCGUUCUACACGAAGAGUGAAGAGGUGGUGUCCGUGGCCAGUAUGAACUAUGACCCCAUUGUGUCACGGGUUGCAGAAGUGUUUGGCUCUGGAAAGACGAUUAGGAAACGUGACGUGGAGACAGGAGACAUGUCAUGGCUGAUCGAAAAAGGCUCACAAUGAAGAUAUGUUUGCUCUUCUGUACCAAACCUGGACAAACUCUCAAAACAGAGAGUCUUGACACUGUUGGUUCAAUGGGACACUACGUAGAAGACUUACGCUGUUGUAUACCACACAAGCACCUGGUCUAUGUGCCGAGGACCUCUUCCCCAUAGGGUGGAACAUCUCUGGACCCGGAUCCAUGAAAUGAGCCAUAACUGCUUUUAAACCCUCCGUCCUAGGUAGGACGUCUCUCUCUUCUGUGGGUCGGUUGAUUCCGACUGCUCUUUGCAUGAAGCGUCUGUCUGUAUACGGUGUUGACGGAGCGGUUAAAUGGGAAUUGUCAUACUUUGUACAUGCAUUCAAACAUGGAGACGGCACUUUUUUCUACAAAACUUCUGCUACUGAUUAGCCUGGCUGUGGCAACGGGAAUGUUUGAACAGAUGUGAUGUCCGGCUCUCAUCGCAACGCGGCCCCAUGCAGCUUUGCCUGCGGCAGUUUUUAAGAAUCAUAGGAAAAACGGUUUGUAGUUGUAGAGAACAGAUGCAUGAGAAUUCAUUUGCACGGGGCAUUCUUUUUAUCACGAUAUGAUUUUUUUUAACAACAUGAACUGGCGUCCACUCCUCUAGAAUUCUUUAUUCUGCAGUCUCGUGGCAAUGAUGAUCACAUUGAAUGUUCCCUCAAACGUAAGCAUGACCCGGGCACCAAAACCCCGCUGACCUUCAAUGAUGACAUUGUACCUCUUGCUAAUGGGAACGUUGGUUGCCUUGCUAGUAAAUUGCACAAAACACAGAUAUGUAAAGCUAUACGUUUAUCUCUAGAAAUGCUCGUAAUAUAAGACUCGAGGCUUGUAUUUUCUGACUAAUCGUAAAACGAAUGAUUGAUAACUGAGUGAUCGAUUAUUGAUUGUAUUUUUAGACUGAAGGCAAUACUAUUGAAUGCUUUCCUGGUAGCUCUGACCUCCUACAGUUUUUCUUCGGUACUAACUCAGGGAUUGGAGGUUUCACUCAUAUGGGACACAUUCUGGUGGAAAAAAGUAUGAAUAAAUUUGUU